CGUAGGCUGGUGUCAGUCAGUGCAAUUCGUAGCAGUGUUGGUUGCGUGCUGCUGGUCGUUGUGAGUGGCCAUUGGCGUUACUAGCGUGUGAAGGGAAGAAAAAACACCAGCGCUUUUUGUAUUAACCGUUCGCUCAAAAAAGAAUAGCCCGCUCCUCACAACUCCGGGCCCCACUACAUUUUUUUUGUAAAUUGUGUCGGCCAACCAAGUCGCCAUGCCUAAGAGAAAGAGUGAUACAGAUGCAAAGGAUGAGCCAAGGAGGUCACCAAGACUAUCAGCGAAACCUGCAGUUUCCAAACCAGAGCCAAAACAAAAGAAAGCACCUGCUAAAAAGGAGAAGGCUGCUAAUGACAAGAAGGAUGAAAAGAAAGCACCAGCAAAAGGCAAAAAAGGAACUAAAGGCAAAGAAGAGACCAACCAAGAGGAUGCAAAAGAAGAAACUCCCUCUGAAAAUGGAGAAGCCAAAAAUGAUGAGGCACAGUCCACUGAAAGCUGUGAAGAAAAAGAAGCCAAGUCAGAGUAACUGCAUCUGCCCGUCAUCUCCAUCAAUGGCAUCCAUACCUCCAUACUGUAUUGUUAACAGAGAGGAAUAUUUUUAUCAACUAUUUUAUAAAUACAAGGUUUUUUUAGCAUGAAUUUAAUUAUGGAAACACCCACAUCUCAAGAUUAUUUGGGGGUUCGGAACCCUAAAGAAUCAUUGUUUUAAAUUGUGAUUGUUGUAGUUGGUGUGAUAUGUGGGACAAGUAAAUGGUGGUAGUUAUUGACUUCUGUCAAUGUUUGUCUUGUGUCAUACUCAAAAAAAAAGGUCUGAUUUUAAUUCACCAGGUAUUUGUGGUG